AUGACCGUUCCUAUAAUCGGUCUUUUCGUUGCCACUCUUUGUUUGCAUCGGGUGCAGAGCCAGUUUCCCAGGGUGUGUGUGAACUUUGAAAGCCUGAAAAACAAGACGUGUUGUCCGACACCAAACGGCUUCAAUGCACCAUGUGGUAGCGACGGAGAUCGUGGUGAGUGCCGGGAUUUGAUUGUUCGCCGGUGGGACAGAACUUACAGCCAUUACCAAGAGUUCCAUAAGAAAGACGAACGUCACAACUGGCCCAAUGCACUUUUCAACAGAACUUGCGCGUGCAAGGCAAACUUUGCUGGGUACGAUUGUAGUGAGUGUAAAUACGGUUACUAUGGCGAUGACUGCAACCAGAAAAAAAUCCUGAAACGUAGGAACUUCGCUAAAUUACCGACAGAGGAACAAGACCGUUAUAUGAGUUACAUCAACAAGACAAGGUAUAAAUUAUUGAUAGGGUUCAUGCAGAAUGCAUACAUACAAUAUAUCAUCAAAUUAUUAAUUUACGCAUAAAUACACUCUAUGUUAUGUUAUUGCGAGCGAUAAGAGGAGCCCGCAAUCCUAAUCUCCAAGUUGCUAUAACGCAUGCACGGCACCUAUGCUAUAGCCAGCUUUGUUUGGACUUCCACUAAGAAUGAAUGGAAUGCACAAAACGCAAUCUGAUCACGGCAGUUUAGACCUUCUCUCACUCGUAUACGCAAUGUGAUCACGCGUGUUUUGACCGCCUAUCCCAUUAAACGUACGCAAGGCACAGCAUCCGCCCUAAGGCACAGCGUUGGAGCAAAAGCGUUUCGGACCUUCGAUCGUUGUCUAGUUAUAAUUAAAUUAGGAUCCAGGCUGAUUACUUAGGUAGACCAUCCUCAAUCGGGAAAAAUCUUACAAAAAAGAUAUUUUAUUUUCAGUUCGACUUUCGAUUCUCUGAUACCACUAGCACAAGCACUGCCACAUUGCUGUUAUUGUUACUGCUUUUUCUGUAAUACUACUACUUGUACUUUUUUCCCUUACGUCUGUUCACCCUUUCCCAGUCCCUAUACGACGUCUUUCCAGGCUUCUCGGUCAAUACAUUUCGGCUACUUCCUUGGAUCACGUGAUCUGAAACGCAUAGACCGGGCGGAAUAAUGAGGCCUAGUGACUAAGAAACUUUCACCCGUUUUUGAAGGGGAAAACUCCGCUUUCACAUUUGUGAUAAGAGGCUUAGUAACUAACAACCUCGCCUCAGUUGUUCAAACGGUGGAUAACGCUCAGGGCUAUCCACUGGAUAAAUCGCUAUUUAGUGGAUAACGCAAUUGGCUUUCCAAGUACUUAUCGCUGGAUAGUGCAGCGUUUAUACGACUGGGGCGUGAAGCAUAUUUCUUUGUUACAGAAUAAUUCACUGUUUUUAGGUAUGUCAACAGCGAUUUUGUUGUGAGCACGAGUUCCUAUCAAAAAAUACAAGAACAAAUAAACAAGGGCCUGGACCCCGUGGCCCUCUUCCACAAUAUCUCGACCUAUGAUAUAUUCACGCACAUGCACUACUAUGCAGCCAAUGGAACAGGCAUUGAUUUUGCGCACGAAGGGCAGGGUUUCGCAACGUGGCAUCGCGGAUACCUGCUAGCAUGGGAAAGAACCAUUCAAAAAGUGAAUCAGGACGAUGAAUUCGCGAUACCAUACUGGGAUUGGACCAAGAAUAAGGACAAGUGCGAGAUAUGUACUAAAGAUUUGCUGGGAGUGACGGGGCAAGACGGCAUUGUGACAGGGAAAUAUUUUAACGACUGGUACACCAUUUGUACUCCUGAACAAACGCUCGGCAUGAAUAAACUGUGUCACCCUGCAGAUAAGAAGCCCGGAUUGGAGCGUUUGAAAGACAGCGACAAAGAGAAGAAUGAAGAAAUGGGAUACCACAUGAAUUAUCCAACCAAAAAGGAGGUCGAUUUUGCCCUCGGUUUUGAAACAUUCGACCUACCGCCCUACACCAAAGAAUCAAGCUGCAAUUUUAGAAACAUCUUGGAGGGUUUUGUCAAAACUUCUACUGGCUACCGACUGCCCAAUUCCCAUUGCCUUCACAAUCAAGUACACUUGGCUAUAGGUGGUGCAAUGAAUAGCACGCUAUCAGCAUCUAACGAUCCGAUAUUCCUUCUUCAUCACUCAUUUGUUGAUCGGAUUCUCGAGAAGUGGCUCCGAAAGUACAAUAAGAAUGCCUCAGUCCUUUCGUCAUACGAUGCACCCAUUGGCCACAACAGAGGUGAUGCCAUUGUGCCUCUCUUUCCUGUGUGCACUCACGAAGACUUUUUCAAGGUGUCUUUUGAGUUGGGCUACGACUUCGAGGAUGUUGACGAAGAAGGUACGUGUUCAGUUGCCGUACUGAGUUUCUCGUAGUUGGUUUAUCAAUCCAUUAACAAACAUGCCCUAAAACUAACAAUAUACAGUGGAACCUCAAUAUAACGAAGGGCCAAGGGACUGGAAAAAUUUGUUCGUUAUAACGAGGUUUCGUUGUCUCGAGGUUCUUUUUCAUUAUAUAUUUUACUAUUGCGGGAGUAAAGAAAAUUGUUCGUUAUUCCAAGGACUUCGUUAUAUAGAGGUUCGUUAUAUCGAUGUUCCACUGUAAUACCUAUCAUGUUUAGAGUGGCCGGAGCUUUACAAUUCCCCUACCCCUUGAAACAGCUAAAACAAAGCAAGAAUAACAAUUAAGAACACAACGUAAUACAUUCAAUGAAGUAUAUCUUGAGGUUAAGAAAGGUAAGUACGAAAUGAAAACCACAAACAAGUCGAGACUUGAUGUCUGUAAAUUAGGCCAACUUUAUGUGCAGUCCUAACCAAUAGCUUAAAAUUGGAUGCAGCAUACAAUUGCCACAUGACUGAGUUGUAAAACGUUAGAAUUGUCAAUGAUCCAAAGGAUAGAAUUCACGAUGGGUCAACAGCAUGUAAAAAGCAGAGCCCUUUGAGGGUUUACUAUAUUUUGAAAUUUUAAUCUGACUGAGUGCAACGUUGAUACGCGGGCCGACCGGUUUUUCACUGCUAACAAUUGUUUGAUUUUUAUAAUUAUUUAAGUCAACGAUUUUGGCGGGGAAAACUGACGUACACGAUUGACAGCCGAAUUUAAAUUUAAUAAUCAAUACGCUCUCUAGGUACUUUGCAGUUUUAAAGGCGCAUGAAGAGGUGAAGUGGAAUUUUGAUUUUAAAAAAAAAUUCAGUUGGUCAAAUCUCCCGCCAUUUCCUAACCUCUUUUUAGAAUUUAGAAACACUGGCGAACUAUGAAAUGCUAUUUCUGAAUCCCCCUGAGCCACAGGGCGCAGAGGAGUUAUUUGUGACCUUGAUUGUCAUAGGCGUACGGACCGUGGGGGCGAGGGGGGCUGCAGCCCCCCCAAAUUUUGGGCAACUCAGAUUUUUUGGGCAACAAGAGAAAAUUUGGGCAAAGCCUGUUUUUAAACACGUCUCCGUGUUUAUUUAAUUAUUCUGAAGACCUGAAUAUUAACCUGAAGUCGGCGUAAUAAUACAGUUACAUUCACACGAGACAGUAAUCGCCUAACAUGUGAUGAGUAAUUUUCAUAUUUGUUUUUUUGUUAUUGUUGGGCACCGUGCUGCACUGCACUAGCUGGAAUGGGCUAUCCAGUCAUGAAUUGAUUAGAAUAAACUUUCGCAUAACUUUCUAGAAUCAUCUCCACUUGAAGAACAGGGUAGGUCUGAAAACGGAGGAGUGGCUGACUAAUUCUCAGUUUCAAUUACGAGAAGAAUCUUAAUUCUUUUAAAAAAUCCAUCGAGUGGUUUAAAAUUAUUCGCUAAUUUGUUAAAGUAGACCGAAAUGUUUACAAAACCGCUAACAAGAGCGCCGCGAUACAUACUAAUCAAAUCCUUCUUUCUAGCAAUCGGGCAGAGCUAUCUUCCCGAUCUUUCACACGCGUUUUUAAAAAGAUUAAAACUACUAUGAGGUGAAAUUGCAUGUCAAAAGCGCUUCGUUUUCUACAGUUAACAGCCAAACCUCACAAUUUUCCUUUUCUUACCGUAUUUCUAACGGUAAAGACUUCAUCCCUAACUAUCUCAGUAAAGCUCUUAUAGAUUUUGCUUGCAAAGAUCGUGAAGACCGUAUUGGCGAAAAAAGCUCCUGUGAACGAUUUUGUAAGGUUCCCAGUGCCGAGAAUUUUUAAUUUUGCUGAAGUAAAAUAGGUAAUGGCGUGAUUUCGAUGCUAUGACGACUCCGAUGUCAUUGCAACCCUGAUCACGACAAAUUCUCAUCUACGUGGUGGCAAUUUUUCCUAAUGUUUGUUAAUGGCGACGUAGUUUAUGCUCAAACUUGGCAUUGACCCUGAAAAACUGUAUCGAGCCACCUUUAUAUAUACGCCAGUACGGCCUAUGUUGUUGCAACAUGGCUCUCGUUUCUUUUCAACUCUUCUGUAAAAAUUUGGGACACUUGCGAGAAUUUUUUUGGGCAAAUGGUUUACCGCCCCCCCUGGCAAAAAAAUUUCCCGUACGCCUAUGUUGAUUGUUGAUUGUAGCUAAAUUUUACAGUUGAUACCACGCAUCGCCUUUGUUUUUAUACUGUAAAAUCGAGCAAACCGUCACUCGAUGAACUUAUAAACCUGGUAAUAUAUUAUCCAAUGCUCCGGAACACUGGCAGUAAACAGAGGCGACUUGUGCGAUCGGCUGUAAAAUUUUCGCUUCCCUUGCCAACACAAAUAACUCCUCUGCGCCCUGUUCCUGAGCUUGAAAAGUGCCGUCCUUCUCCUGUUGCUUACCCGUAACUUUUGACUAUUCAGGGGACUGUAAAAAACACAACAAAAUCCUCUCUACAAAUACUUUUCCUUUAUAUUUUUUAGGGUAUUCUCCUGACGACGGUGUUUCUCCGUCUGCGUUGGGUCUUUGUCCAGUGAUCAGUGACACAGCAAACACCUCGAAAAACUGCGAGCGCUAUAAGACUACCACAUUCAUUUUCAUUGCAAUCUCGGUCGUGCUCCUGAUAAUACUUCUUACAGUUUAUUGUCGCUUUAGAAAAAUAUCUAAAGAAAAUGCGGAGACACAAGGGCUUGUCACGGCUUAAAGUGUCUCUCCUGAAAUAACCUAAAAAUAUAUAUAUAUAUAUAUUACUGAAACAACACAUUUACUUCGAGAACUUCUAAAAAAUUUUGUGUUUUGACAAAGUGAGAUUUUUUUUUACACAAAUUUUUAGGCCAGUUUUACCACCUUAAACGGAGGUUUAAAGCUAGUGUUUAACAAAACCGCGUUCU